AUGCACCUCGGCUACAUCAACUGCUACUCCGAUGUGACCACUCUGAUGGACGCCAGGUGUUCCGCGCUCCCCGAGUGCCACGUUCGUGUACCUGAUGCCGAGUUUGAAGCUACCAGACCAUGCCUCAAGGAACUGAAGACCUACCUGGAAGUGUCCUACGCCUGUGUCCCAGGGAAGUACGGAAGAGGAAGUGGUUACUUCAUCAAUGGAAGAAGCAGAAAUAAAAAUGGCACCUGUGUUAGAAAGAAAGAUAGUAUCAUAAUGCGAUGUUACAUCCUGCCUGGUGCUCUUACGACAUUAACAUUCUACAAACUGAUAUGGGCGAUGUUUUCGUAG